CAUCCUCUUGUUCUCAUCCUUCCUCAGAACUGCAUUCUCUCCCUCCUUCCUUUCAGCGCCCAUCACGCACUACCCUUUCGCAUCCAUUCUCAACAUCAAGGCUAUAUUAUUGAUGCAAAUCUCUCAUUCCCCUCGCUUAUAGUCGUAGCAUGUCGUUUCUUGAUCAAUUGUUUGGCACUGAUGGCCGGAGACGAAAGGAUGGAGGCCUUUGGGGCUGGAUCAAAAGCCGACCGUACAAGAGCAAAUGCAGGUGCGAUAAAUCCACUAAGUCCCAUUCAGAUAACUUUAUCUUGUUGCCCACCAUGCCCACCACUUUCACUUGCUCACCUACGUCCCCGACAUCAUCAUUCCAAUCCUCAACAACAAGUACACCAAACCAAUAUGCUCUUGAGACAAGGAUAGAACCUCAUUCACGAUCAUCAAAAAGGUUUACUUAUUAUUGUAACACUCCUUCAUCGCAUAUGAAUACGCGUGCUCCACAAAGUGCACAGAACAUAUGCAUAUCGCCUAUUGCAUCUUCUUUAUCAAAGGCCAUGGUGCGGCCUGGUGACGAACCUCUCGAUGCUACUUUGCAACAUCAAUAUCAAUAUCACAAUACCAUUGUUUCAUCUAAAGGAAAUAAUGAUGCGUCCUUGAAAAAGAAAGAAGAGAAGUCCAUACAUAGGCUGGCUGAGGAGGGCUUGGGCAUUGAUAUCACAGUCGUUGGCAAUCAUACGCAGCGCUACCAGCGACACCGAGGCUCAUCAUUAACUGAUCGGUCCAUACCUCGAAGGAACGCUAUUAAGGGUUGGUGGUGGGAAUAGUCAACAUCCCAAUUAUCCUUUGUAGUAUUUGAAACAGUUAUCGUAAAGUUGGACCCAUUAUUACUCUUAAUAUAAACACUUGUAAUAAAACCAAGGUGUGACAUCCCCUUGUUGUAAUAUACGUACAUUGAAAUAAAUGAG